ACUGUAUGGCGUGUAUUUAUAAUACACCUGAUGCGAAGUGUAAACGUGUAAUGCGAUGGGAAUGGAGGGGCGAAGUCGUGCCAGCAACCAAAGGCGAAUACGAACGAAUUUUCCAACAAUUGGAAAAUGAAAAGUUUGGAAAACCACCGAAACCGUUCCAUUCGCUCGAUCGUGAAGAACGUGCGUCGAUUGAGAAGAAACGUGUCCAAGAUUACUGCAGACGUGCGUAUGGUAAAACGCAUAUGACUCGUAAUGAGUUUCGUUACACAACAAUAUGUCAGUGUGAAAAUGCGUUCUACGUUGACACUGUUAAGGCGUUUCGAGAUAGACGUUACAAGUACAAGGCAUUACUGAAGGUUGUUUGUGGGAUAUAUAUU